GGCCAGUGCCAGCCUGCACCAGCCCCGAAGGCAAAGACACAGAAGCUCCCCCGGGCGUGGGCAUGUCUGGGUGGCUGCUCCCUCCCCCGCGCAGAGGCCGGGCAGGGCUCGGCUCCCACGCCCCGGAGCCAGGGGAGCGGCGCGGCCGCGCAGGCACAGGGGGCAGGGCCUGGCCCGCUUUCGCUUUCGGCGCUGACCGGGCCCGGCUGCACAGAGAGGAGAAGCGGCGCAAGUUCUCUGUUUUAGCCUGUGUGCAUAAAUGGAAGGAAAUCAGUCCGGUCCUGAGCCCAUACAGAAGGAUGAAGACUAUGAUGAAGAUCAAGGUGAUACUGUGGAUGCAAGGCCAGACAGAAGUAGCAGACUCUCCAUCUUUGCAAAAAAAAAGAAGAAUGGUCAGGACGAGCAGCCAGAGACCUCCCUCAGUACCCAGUACCGAUUGGUUAGCCCAACAUUCAAGUAUAAUAUGGACUACAAGAAUGUUGGCAAAUGCAUUAUUAUAAACAACAAAAAUUUUGAGAACCAUACAGGUAUGGGCAUCCGCAGUGGCACUGAUAAAGAUGCUGGAGAGCUUGCCGUAUGUUUUAAACGCUUGGGAUUUGAGGUGGUUGUACAUAACGAUCGACGCUGCGAUGAUAUAUUGAAAUUACUCCAACAAGCUGCGGAUGAGAACCACAGUGAUGCUGCUUGCUUUGCCUGUAUCUUCUUAAGCCAUGGGGAAGAGGGCAGAAUUUAUGGCACUGAUGGAACGUUGCAAAUCAAGGAACUCACCAUACUUUUCAGAGGAGACAAGUGUAAAACUCUGAUAGGCAAACCCAAAUUGUUUUUCAUCCAGGCAUGUAGAGGAUCUGAAUUUGAUGAUGGGAUACAGACGGAUUCUGGACUUGCUGACGACACAGAUGCCAAUCCCAGAUACAAGAUUCCAGUAGAGGCAGAUUUUCUGUUUGCCUAUUCCACCGUGCCAGGUUAUUAUUCCUGGAGGAACCCAGGGAGAGGCUCUUGGUUUGUGCAGUCUCUAUGCUCCACGCUAAAUGAAUUUGGGAAACAACUUGAAUUAAUGCAGAUCCUCACCAGGGUCAACUACAUGGUGGCUAUCAACUUUGAAUCACAGUCGGAUGACCCACGCUACAGUGAGAAGAAACAGAUACCCUGUGUGGUCUCCAUGCUCACUAAAGAGCUUUACUUUACAAAGCAUAUUUAAAGGGGUGAUGGCAGGGUACACCUUUUCCCCCCAGGAGGUUUGACUGUACACUCAGGGCACAGCUCAUUCAUGCAGAUACAGAUUUUUCCUGGCUUCUUAUAAUUGCGAAAGCAGAUAUAGCCAAUUUGCUGAGCCCUAAUUAAGGUUUUGUUGGAGGAAAAAACAACUUUGGACCAGACCCUCAGCUGAUGUAAAGUCCAUAAUUCCAUUUUCAUAUGUCCUCCUAUGCUGAUUUACACUAGCUGAGGAUCUCGUCCAGCAUACUUAGCAAUACAGAAAAAUUGGAAGUUGUCCAUUCUAUACACUCAACUAGAUCCUACCGAUGUCUUUCUGGUUGCUUUUUUCAUUUUUGUUUAUUUUUCUAUUGUUUGAUUUAUCUCACUCACUCACUCUCUCUCACACACACUCCCCCAUCUCAGAAUUUUGAAAAACAAAUCUAUUUGAUUGCUAUUUUCCAUUGUUUCUAGUACUGUACUGCAUUGCUAAAAGAUGGAAGACUUUCUACUUAUUCUUCAUGUUUAAGAAGAGCUGUACAAAUAUACAUCGUUCUAGGAAGUAAUGUUAGUUAAGGCAUCCUAGGGAGAAUACAGAUUGCAUAGGAGUGUGACUAAUUGUGGAUUAUUUAUAUUAGCUGCUCUAUUUCUUCUGGAUUAAGUGGUGGAUUUGCAGACGUUGAUAUUUAAAAUCCAGAUAAUAGUUCCCAUUUGUCUGAGUUGGACUAAAUAAGUUGGCAUUUUCCCUUUCUAGCUGACUUUCAUUAUAAAUCUGUUGAUGGUGUAUUAAAGUGGUUUUUUGCAAAUCAACCAAUUCUACCUCUAUUGGGAAAAAGUGUUCUUGUGAAGCUUAGAAAGUAUAUUUGGGCAAUAUCUCUUUCCAAGAUGAAAGAACUAAAAUGUAUUGACAUUCAGAUUCUUGCUAAUGGUUAUUUUUCUUGACUGCAUCACCUUUCUUUCAUUCUGUCCAAAGCUAAGUAACUGACUAGGCAAGAUGCAAGUUAUACAAAACAAAAAUAAGUUUGUCAGUCCAGAGAAAUUAAACAAUUCUAGAAAUCAGUAUGUAAAACUUCUACAUUGAACACAACCAAAUAAAUUCUCAGAAUCUUCCAACAACAGCUCCUUCCCUGAAAUCUUGCUAAGGUAACACCAUUAUGUAUCACUUUUUAUUAUCGGGUGUGUGCUUAAAAACUGAGCCCCUAUUUGGGGUGGAGUUUCUGAUCUCAUACAUCAACUUCUUUCUCUAAG